GACGCCAAUGCCCUCUACGCUCUGGUCGACCAACGGGUGCCCAACCCUGAGUUCACCUAUAGGUUGGUGUUCACCGAACGCAACGGAAUUGGGUGCUGUCGGUGCGCGUGGGCCUCGGACUGCGACGGGUGUGAAGUGUCGCGCGCGGGACUCAUAUUACUGUCCGAAGCGGACACACUAUGCCUGACUUUGGAGUCAUCCCUAUCAUCGUCUCAGUCGCUGGCAUUAGUACCGGUGGGACCGCUCAUAGGACCGAUAGCACCGGGCCUUCCCGAAGCUCUGCCUGCCCUCGAACCCCAACCCGUAGAGCACGAGUCCCUGAAGGGAAUGGUAGUCGAGGAGCCGAAACCGUUGUGUCUUGAGUCGUGUUUGCGGGCGUUUGUGGGCAAAGAGUGUCUCACCUGCGAUGGCGACGACAAUAACCUCUGGUUUUGUCAGAAAUGU